AUUUCGGGAGAAUUUCUUUCAGAUUUCUUUUUUUUUUUUAACUAUAUAUCAAAAAUCAGUCGGCACGUGAUUCUAGGAUGAUUGUCGUACCGUAAUUUGACAUUUAUUAUUAGGCUAAAAAAUGUCAUUUUUUAUAGAACAUUUUAUUUUUAUUUUAUUUAUUUUUCUUAAUAAUGCUAAUUUUUACUAGUUCCACUUUACUUAAUAUUAAUAAGACGAAUGGGGUUUAUUAAUAGUAUGGAUAUAAGUUCAAGGUUUACUGAUCCAAAUGUGCUCAAGAUAAUUAGUAAAAUACCAGAAUCAGAUCUUGAAGAUAUCGGAAUGCGUGUUGAACGUGUUAACCAAAAUAUCAAGAAUAUUUUGGUCACGGGCGGUGCUGGUUUCAUUGGAUCUGUUUUGGCCCGUAAAUUGGUUUUAUUAUAUCCGGAAUUUAAUGUUACGGUAGUCGAUAAACUAGAAUAUUGUGCCAGUUUAAAUAAUCUUUUAAUGAUUGAGAAUAUGCCAAAUUAUUCGUUUAAAGAGGGUGACAUAGCUUCGUUUGAUCUUGUAACAUCUAUAUUAAAAGAAAAAAGAAUAGAUACAAUAUAUCAUUUAGCAGCACAUACACAUGUAGAUAAUUCAUUUGGUAAUUCAUUUGAAUUUAUCCAAAACAAUGUUGUAGGAACACAUGUAUUAUUAGAAGCAGCGAAAAUGCAUAAUAUUAACCGAUUUAUACAUGUUAGUACUGAUGAAGUGUAUGGUGAAGUAGCAAAAACAGUUCCCGACUGUCGCGAAGAAUCAAUAUUAACUCCUACAAAUCCUUAUUCUGCUACAAAAGCUGCAGCCGAACAUUUGGUUCAAGCUUAUCAUAAAUCUUUUGGUUUACCGAUUAUUAUUACUAGAAGCAGUAAUAUUUAUGGACCAUAUCAAUACCCCGAAAAAAUUUGUCCAAAAUUCAUUUGUAGUCUUAUAAAUGAUGGCAAGUGUUUCAUACAUGGAGAUGGAUCAAAUUCUCGCAAAUAUUUGUACGUAGGAGAUUUAGUUGAUGCAUUAGAUUUAAUAUUAAAUUUAGGUAAAAUUGGAGAAGUUUAUAAUAUCGGAUCAGAUUUUGAAAUAUCAAAUUUAGACUUAGCUAAGACAUUAUUAAAGCAAUUUAACAUUAAUGAUGAAAAAGAACAAGAAAAACAUUUAGAAUUUGUAAAAGACCGACCUUUUAAUGAUCUCAGAUAUGCUGUUGACGAUACUAAAUUAAAAAAAGAAUUAGGCUGGAAACCUAAAAUUAGUUGGAAUUAUGGAAUAAUAAAGACAAUUGCUUGGUAUAAAGAAAAUUGUGAUAAAUGGUGGGGCGAUAUAUCUGGUGCUUUAGUACCACAUCCAUAUCCACUUAAAUCACGUUUAUAAAAUACAAUAGAUAAUUGUGCUCAAAUAAUCAUUUUUUGUACUUAUAAUAUUAUUUACUAGGGUAAAAUUUACCCCUGAUAAAAGUUUUUAACUGUGCAU